UCCCUUUCUUUUUAAUUCCUAGGGUUUUAAUAUUUUUCUUACUUUCAGUUGAAUCUUCCCUAAGGUCACAGCAAGUUAUCAACUUCUCUACCAGUCACUCCCUCGCUCACUACUUUCAAAUUUCAGCACAUAUAUACUUUCCAUAUAUUUUGAUUGAAAUUGAAUGAAAAGGAAAAAGACAGAUGCAUUAAUGGAAAACAUAUACGGCUUUGUGAGAGAUUAAAAUACUGGGCUGAGGUCAUUGUGACUGAGCAAGACGACAGACAUUACAGGAGAGAGAGAGAAGGAAAGAGUUGGAUAGUGAAGUGAAAGAGGAUGGGAAGGGUUGCCAAUGCUAUAAUAUGCUGCGUAUGAAUGCAAAAUAUGUGAUACUGGUACACUGCAAUUAAUUUCAUAUUAGUGUGUGAAGUGGUUAACUACAAGGAAAUUAGAUGCUGUCUUGAUUCUUGAAUGAGCAGAGCACUGGUUGGAUCUGCCAAGUUUUAUUAGGCACCAACUGUUUGGAAGCUGACGCCGCUUGAACCUGAAAGGAUGGCGACUCUUGCUGAUUCAUUUCUUGCAGACCUUGAUGAACUAUCUGACAAUGAAGCUGACGUUAUUGUUGAAGAUGAUGCUGAUGCUGAAAACAUGGAAGAAGAUGUUGAUGGGGACUUGGCAGACUUGGAAACACUUAAUUACGAUGAUCUGGAUAGUGUUUCAAAAUUACAAAAAACACAAAGAUAUGCUGAUAUAAUUCAGAAAGUGGAAGAGGCACUGGUGAAGGGUUCUGAUAUGUCAAGUCAUGGAAUAGUUUUAGAAGAUGAUCCAGAAUACCAGCUGAUUGUGGACUGUAAUGCUUUGUCAGUUGACAUUGAGAAUGAAAUUGUAAUCAUCCACAAUUUUAUUCGUGAUAAGUAUCGCCCAAAGUUUCCAGAGCUUGAAUCACUUGUGCAUCAUCCAAUUGAUUAUGCCCGAGUUGUUAAGAAAAUUGGGAAUGAAAUGGAUGUAACCCUUGUUGAUCUGGAGGGGCUUUUGCCUUCCGCAAUUAUUAUGGUUGUGUCAGUUACAGCAUCAACUACAAGUGGCAAACCGCUUCCAGAGGAAGUCCUUACAAAAACAAAUGAGGCAUGCGAUCGAGCCCUUGCGCUUGAUUCAGCAAAGAAGAAGGUUCUUGAUUUCGUUGAAAGUAGAAUGGGCUUUAUUGCACCAAACCUUUCUGCUAUAGUUGGGAGUGCUGUUGCGGCAAAACUUAUGGGGACAGCCGGCGGUCUCACAUCCUUAGCUAAGAUGCCUGCUUGUAAUGUUCAGCUUCUUGGUGCUAAGAGAAAAAACCUUGCUGGGUUUUCCACUGCAACAUCACAAUUUCGUGUUGGUUAUGUUGAACAGACAGAAAUAUUUCAAACUACACCCCCUUCUUUGAGGAUGCGUGCCUGCCGGCUCUUGGCUGCAAAAUCAACACUUGCAGCACGGGUGGAUUCCACAAGAGGAGAUUCAUCUGGAAACACUGGAAGGGCAUUCCGGGAGGAGAUUCGUAAGAAAAUUGAGAAAUGGCAGGAGCCUCCUCCUGCAAAACAACCUAAACCACUUCCGGUUCCUGAUUCUGAACCUAAAAAGAAGAGAGGUGGUCGCCGGUUAAGGAAGAUGAAGGAAAGAUAUGCGAUAACGGACAUGAGGAAGCUGGCAAAUAGGAUGCAAUUUGGUAUACCUGAAGAGAGUUCCUUAGGGGAUGGACUGGGUGAAGGUUAUGGAAUGCUUGGUCAAGCUGGGAGUGGCAAGCUGCGUGUAUCAAUGGGUCAGAGCAAACUUGCUGCCAAAGUCGCUAAGAAGUUCAAGGAAAAGAAUUAUGGAAGCAGUGGUGCUACAUCUGGACUUACUUCAAGUUUAGCAUUUACGCCUGUGCAGGGGAUUGAGCUCUCGAAUCCACAGGCUCAUGCACACCAGCUCGGCGGUGGAACUCAAAGCACCUACUUCUCUGAAACGGGAACAUUUUCAAAAAUCAAGAGGAUCUGAUCCACGCAAGAGAAACUUUCCUAUAUUCAUGAGAUUUCGCUAGUUGCCAAUACCAUGAAUAACCUUAGUCUGAAUGUGUACAUGAUUUUUACUAGAUGAAGUCGUUUUACAUCGCUGUUAUCUCAUGCUUUAGAGACCAAAUUUUUUCCGAUGUACAUUAUGGUCCCAAUCGAAGUUGAUAUACCUUACAGAAUUCAUGACCUGUUUGUAGAGAUUAAAGGAAGAAUUUCGUACCCGUCUUUGUUAGUUAACUAAUGAUCAGCCUCACUUUAUCGGUGGCAAUUUAUUUUCUUGA